UAAAAAAAGGUUGUACAUAUUCUAAUCGUUAAUAAUUGACCCUUCACAAAAACUAGAAACCCUUAUCCAUAUUCACAUUAAAAAAUAAUAAUAAUGAUUAAGGAUGUCAAAUUGACAAAAUUUAAGGGAAAAUAAUUCCCAGAAAAGGACCAUAAAACCCGUUGACUUCAAAAACUUUUCAAUAAAACGUGCAAGCAACCCAUAGCUUCUUCUCCGACUAAAGAAAGCCGCCAUGAACACGUCGGAGCCACCGGACUCAGGCUGGCUGAUGAACACCGGAAAAGUCGCCGGAUUCGUAUACGGAAUCGGGAUCUCCAUCGGAAUCCUCCUCCUCAUCACCACAAUCACCAUCGCCUCCUACUACUGCACCCGCAACCGCCUCUCCGCCUCUCCCAUGACCACGUCCAGGAACCGCCGCCGGAGACAGACCGAAGCCUCCGUGGAAGAGCCCUUCGACCGGUUUGACCUGACGGUGGGGCAGAUGUCGUCGUCGGGUUUGAACGAGGAUACGAUCAAGAGCUUGCCGAAGCUUCCGUACGAGGAGGCGAGAGAGAGCUACACUGGAAAACGGGAGGGGAGUAUUAGAACUACGACGCUGUCUUGUUCGAUAUGUCUUGCGGAUUACAAGAGCAAAGACAUGAUUAGGGUUUUGCCUGACUGUCAUCACCUGUUUCAUGACAAGUGCGUUGACCCUUGGUUGUUGUUGAAUCCUACGUGUCCUAUUUGCCGGUCUUCUCCUUCACCGUCUCCGGUCGCCGGAGUUUUCCCUCGGGGAUUAAACUGAGGAAUGAGAUCAUUUUUUUUAAAAUACGUACGGAGCAAAGAGAAGUUGUUUAAACAUAGCAAUGAAUUGGUGUUGUUUUCUUCUAUUAAUAAUGUUCAUGUGUUCAAAAAAAAAAAAAAAAAA